GACACAACGGAGGGCACUUUUUUCUGGUGAUUGAAGGGACCCGGUGCGGCUCCGAGCAUCUCCUUCCGUCCCUAUGCCGACCUGAACGCGUCGCACCGGCGUCGCUCGCCGCCGCCUCGCGGAUUUUAUUUAUAACCGGCACGAAAAUUGGAUGGACGCGCGCACUGGCAAGACAAUCCCGGAAAUAACAUGCGUACUCUCAGCCUGUCACGUACGCUCAGUGUGGAUUUGCAUUGCUGUAGGCUGCCGUAGAUCUCCUUCACAGCCUCAAAAUGUUUAAAAGGACACAAACUGCAACGCAGAUCAUUAAGUGAGAGUUGAAGGGUGAAAUAAAAGCAAGCAAAAGAGCACUUGGACAUGAAACUUCUCGCGGCAGAGAUCCUCUCCAUCAGAGAAAGCAGUGGCUCAGCUAGAAAAUGAAGCGAGGACGUGAGCUACGUGCGCAUCCAGCAGAUGACGAGAUGAAAUGGAGAGCUUGGGACACACGGACCUUUUAAACCCAAGCUCUUCCCGCGGAUCCGUCGCUGUUUCGCCCACGCAGGAGAGAGGGACCAGCGGCCAGCAGCUCAUCUGCGGGGCGGCAGAGAUUCACCGAGCGGACAUGGGGCUGAACGGUUUCUGCGUGGCGCCGGUCGGGAGUCCAACGGCCGAGGAGUUACUCGCGGGUCUGGCCUCUCAGACCGACUCACCCGCAAUCACAACCCCGACGAAGCAGUCCAAAACCGGCGUGCCACUCUACAACGGCGGGGUGGUGUCUCCGUCUGCCACCGUGGAGGGGAGCCACGCAGGCGUUAUGGCGCACACACCAAACGGUUGCCCGGCACAAAUGAAGGGGGUGGCCGGUGUAACAGGCGGCCCAAUGUACCCCAUCACCAGCAGAGCCUGUCUGGUGGAGAACGGGGACCGGACAGCUCAUGAGAAGUGCCCUUUAGUGAUGAGGAGGCUCAAUGGUGACCUGAAAGCCAGACAGGUGCUGCAGCAGAAACGGAGAGGUGGGGAGAACCGGGACAUGGGCCCAGCAGCUCUUAAUGGUCUCAUGUCAGGGUCACCGGGUUUGGGGAGUUCUGUGGACGCAGUUUGUGCUUCAGGAGACUUGGACUCAAAGCGGAGGAGGUUGGCUGAUGGAAGCGCUGCUCACAAGUCUACAGAGGUCUCCAGGGUGGCCCGGGCAGUCGCCCCGCUCACAGUCACAGUCAACAGUUCCUAUAUCAGCCAAAUGGCUAUCAGUCACGUGCCCUGUGUCACGCCCCAAUCUCCCUUCACCCCUCCUGCCCUUCACACUAACCAGCACAACGGACUCAUGGUGGCCCCCUCAGGUCCGCCAGCUACCCCCAGCCGAACCUCCCCUGUCGAGGCUGACGGCAUCCCGACCCCACCGCCUCCUGCAGGGGCUGGCUGGUCAGCAGAGCGCAUAGCCCAGCAGUACAUCGUCCCCUGCAUGAGAUACUACGGCAUCUGUGUGAAGGACAACUUCCUGGGCCCUCAGCUGGGCGAAAGGGUCCUGCAGGAGGUGGAGGUCCUAAACCAGAGUGGGAAAUUUCGGGGCGGGCAGCUGGUGAGCCAGAAGAGCAUUCCCUCCCGGAGCAUCCGGGGCGACCAGAUCGCCUGGGUGGAGGGACGAGAGCCCGGGUGCGGGAGCAUCGGGGUGCUGAUGGCUCACAUUGAUGAGGCUGUCAUGCACAGCGCUGCCAAUGGACAGCUGGGGGACUGUGUCAUCAAUGGACGCACUAAGGGCAUGGUUGCCUGUUACCCAGGUAACGGGGCAGGGUACGUCCGCCAUGUUGACAACCCUAAUGGUGACGGACGCUGCAUCACGUGUAUCUAUUACCUGAACAAGAACUGGGAUGUCAAGAAACAAGGAGGGAUGCUGCAGAUCUACCCCGAAGGCAAAAAUGUGGUAGCCAACAUCGAACCUCUGUUUGACCGGCUGCUCAUCUUCUGGUCUGACCGCAGGAACCCACACGAAGUCAAGCCAGCCUACGCCACUCGCUAUGCCAUCACAGUCUGGUACUUUGAUGCCAAAGAGAGAGCUGAAGCUAAAGAGAAGUACAAACUGGCAACGGGACAGAAAGGUGUUCAAGUGCCUGUCACUCAAAACAGCAGGACAUAAAUCUCAUCUAAUCACCCGAGAGCACUCUGAAAGUAUAAUGUGCCUUCCUGAACUGUUAAUGGACGUCGUGAUCAUAAAGGGAGACACGGUUAAAGUGUCAGUCAUCUCUGCAGCGCCAUGCUACUUCUGCAGUGUCGGCUGUCAGAUCCACGCCACCACCUGUGAUGUAAUGUUUUCCUGCCAUGUGAUUGGGCUGCUGAUCAAAGACGUGGCAGAUAUAGAGCACAAUGGACUGGAUUGUUUGGCAAAGGCGGGAUCAGAAUUGCGCAUCGUGGCGAAAGAAGAAGAGAAUGACUUUGACCUCUCACUGAAUCAUGUAUGAAGACAACAAACUGAAAACACAGACUCCUUCAUUUGAUUUUGUUGCAGUUUUGCCCGUUCAGUUAUCAGUGAUGUUGUGGCGUGUUGAGAAAUCAUUGUUUUACUCUGCUCUGGUGUCAUUUUCAAUUCAAACACAAGGAGAACGAUGGUGAAUCAGUGGACAGACAGUGGGGGGGGAGGGGCGCAAGGAGUAGAAAUCAGCGGCAUCAUGGAUGAAACUCCUUAUUUACCCUGGUCUGUGAUGCGGCCUCCUUGUCUCACGAUGUGGGCGAGUGUGUGUGUGUGGUCAGUGUAAAAGGCAGAGGCACAGAAACAAAAUAGCCUUUGCAUCAAGUGGUUGUCUUGCCACAAUGCAACAGAAAGAUGCCCUGUGGCACUCAGUCAGUCAGUCCUGGCUCAAGCACUAAACGUAAAGAUUACAGGGACGUACUUAAACCUUGCAUGAGGACAACUCUACACUGUACUUGUUUUUUUUCUAUAUAGCACACUAAGUAGAGUUCAGGAAGUAUUCCAGGACUUUAUUACAAUAUCUGGCGAGUAAUAAAAAAAACUUUUGCACCAGCCUCAAAAAGUUAGUGCUGCAAAAUGAAUGAAUAAUCCAGCAUGGAUGUUUUUUUUUUUUUUUAGUAGUUGUGAAACAGAUUUUUAAGAGUACACAAAGCUUUUCUACAUAUGUGACGUGCAGUGCUCUCUGUAUGACUGAAAUACACGGCUCACACUUGAGACAGGAGGCAAGCUGUGUAGUGACAGGGCUCAAAACAGGGUUUGGUGAAACUGUGUGUGUUUUUUGUGUUGGCGCGUGUGUGUGUGUGUGUGUGUUUGCGUGUGUAUGCUCAAUAGCCUCUCUUACCUGUUCUUAACGAGUUGGAUCCCCAGUGAGGACACUGUCAGACAAACCUCCAGCCCAAACGAACGCACACACCUGUACACUUAAGACCAGUAUAAAGCACAGAGUUAAGCAUACACUGUAUGUCAACUGCAGGAUCAAACUGCUGUCUGCACGUGUGUGGGACUGAGUGUUUGUGAGUCGACGUGUACUCGCACAUGUAUGUGACGCUGACUCAAAGAGGGUCACAGGUAUUGUCUCGGCGUGUUUGAUUGGUUAAAGAGAAGGUUGUUUAAAAAAGCACUUUAUUGUUUGAAAUGCCAUGCGUGAAUGAUAGAUAAAAUAUAAAUGAAAAUGUAGAUUAAUGCCUUUAUGCUGUGGAUAAUAUGGUCAUUCAAAUGCAAUAGAAACUAAAACAAUGAGAACAAAUGGAAAUUGUUUGCCUUAUUUUUUUUUCUUUUUCUUUUGGAUUAUUUAAUUAAAACAUGUCUGUUUUUGUACACAAAGAAUUUGUAAUUGAUUUACUGGGAAAAAAAAAAUCUUAGCUGAAUCCCAGUUUUACUCUGCUAGUGAGAUAAAACCAAGAGAGCAGCACACGUUUUCAAAAUUCAAUACAAUCUCAGUCAUAAGCUACACGAGGGAUCAAAAUACAGUUCAUUGCAGGGCAUAU